CGUUCGUGUGCACCUGCUUCCAUUCGGUCACGGCAGAAGCGCCUCCAAUUAUCUGUGAGCACAUCCCUGAAUUUACCUCCAGACCCACAUUGAUUCCUGAUGGAGGUGUGAUCAAUGCGCCCGACACGUGAAAGCCUCAUGUGAAUAUAUUAUGCGUGAGGGGGGAUUGAUUUUAUUUACGAGUGUGCACAAAAGAAUCAAAGAGCAUCUUUCAAAUGUAAGAAAUUUAGCUUUACUUGAGACGUUUUUGUGCCUAGGACAAGUUGUUCCCUUCUUCACGUGACAUGUCAAAAUGAUCGUUCACUUCAGUGGGUACGCUGCUGCUCUCUGUUCUGGUCCUCCUCAGUCCCCUUCAGAACUGCUUCUGUGUGGCUGUUAGGAGGAGGUAACCGAUGAUGGACAUACUGCACGCUCCUUGUUUCUUUUUGUAAAGGUUUUCUCCUUCAGUUAACGGAUUGUAACUGGAAUUAAAGACUUCAUUUGACGGGAGUAAUGUUGGGGGUGGCUGCUGGCUUUCAGCACUCUGGACAGCGCUCCUGAAGUUUGAGAGGACGGCGGCGCGCCAGGAUCUAAUUGAAUUUGGAUGAAUUUUGGGCGCUAGUUCAGAGGUGAAAAUGGUUGAUUUUGAGUGUUUAUUUUCAACAAAAUGUGCAGGUAACCUAAGGGUGCACUUCUUGGAGUGAGACAUGGACUUUGCUGAAAUUAUCUUCGCUUUGUUCAUCGUCGUAGUCGCCGUCGUCUCACUGUUGUCAAACUUGUUGGUGCUGUUAUGUUUCGUCCACAGCACCGAGAUCCGCCGUCAGGUUCCCGGUGUUUUCACCAUGAACUUAUCCUUCUGCAACAUCCUCAUCACUGUCCUGAACAUGCCGGCCACUCUGGUGGGGAUUGUCCGGAACCAGCAGCCUUUUGGGGAUUGCGUCUGCCACACGGUGAGCUUUUUGGAGACUUUCCUCACAGCCAACACCAUGCUGAGCAUGGCUGCUCUCAGCAUAGACCGGUGGAUAGCGGUGGUGUUCCCGCUCAGUUACUCCACCAAGAUGCGCUACAAAGACGCUCUGAUCAUGGUGUGCUACUCCUGGCUGCACUCCUUUACCUUCUCCCUCACGGCGCUGCUCUUCUCCUGGGUGGACUACAGCCACGUGUACGCGUCCUGCACCUUGCAGCCACGCGAUGAGGGCAGCGACAGGAUUAAGUUUACAGUGUUCACGGUGGUUUUCCACGCCACGAGCUUCAUGCUCUCCCUUCUCAUCCUCUGUUUCACCUACCUGAAGGUGCUGAAAGUGGCCAGGUUUCACUGCAAGAGGAUUGACAUAAUCACCAUGCAGACUCUUUUCCUGCUGGUCGACAUUCACCCAAGCGUGAAACAAAGAUGUUUAGCUGAGCAAAAGAGGAGAAAACAAAGAGCCACAAAGAAGAUCAGCAUCUUCAUCGGCUCCUUCAUUGUCUGCUUUGCUCCUUAUGUUAUUACAAGGCUGGCUGAGCUUCUUCCCUUCGUGGACAUCAACCGCCGCUGGGGAAUCAUCAGUAAGUGCCUGACCUACAGCAAAGCUGCAUCCGACCCCUUUGCCUACUCCCUCCUACGUCAGCAGUACAAGAAAGUCCUGGUUACUGUCGUCAACAGGCUGCUCCGUCGUGACCUGUACCCCUCAUCUGGCCAUAACAGCUCUCUAGACACCGAGAACGACUACUGUCUCCAGAGGAUCAGCUAAUGGCAAACGCACAGACAUGACAGAUACUCACCAUGGGCCAAAAAUAAAGGUUGCCUCGUGGAAGAAGGUGGGUGGAGGAGAAGAAUGAAGAAAGCGACAGGGAGGAGAGGAAAUUGUUAAGGAAGGAGUAAGAGAGCAGACAGGGGACAGAUUUGUGGGUGGGGGUUGAAAAGAGAACUAAAAUAAGAGAAACGGUGGGUGGAGAAGAAUGAAAAGACGUAACAAGGGGGGAGGAUGAAUGGGUCAAGAAGGGGAAGACAUUAAGGGAGUCAAGUGUGGAAGACAUUUACCUCGGACAGUAUCGGCAAACAAGUGAUAUGUAUUUCAUCAACGCACAAAACCACACGCAUCUGGUGAAUCAAUUUCAUUGAAUAAGUCACGGGUUCAGCUUAAUAUCAAACGGAAGGCCCACACUGCUGGAGACAGACUUUAAAAGAGUUGCCUUUCGUGCUGUUCCGGCCACUUUGUAAUGACUUAAAAAAAAAACACGUGUUGUGACCUUUCUACUGCCACAAAACGCAACGACACAGCCAGAAGCUGAUGGUCGAUAAAGGCGCUGGAGCUAUGAUUUUUUAAAACGCUUGUACCUUCAGUUAAUGGACGUACUCUUAGGUGUGGAGACUGACCAGCUUUACAUUGAUGCCAUGUUCUGUUUUGACAAUGUUAGACUACUUUGCAGUGUCAUGUCAGUCACUGAAUAUUGAUGCACUUUGUCUGAUUCUCUCAGAAUGACUGUAGUUACAGGAGCCAAAGGCGGGUAACGUUUGAUAAUGAACUAUAGUGCAGGGGAUAUUCUGUGUUUCUGUUAUUGCCAACAAUUUCCAAGAAAAUAACGAAAUCAAUAAUGUGACCUCUUGUCCCACCAUUAUACUCAAACUUCACAAUUAAGACUAUCCUUUGGAGGUUCUGUCUUUUUAAGGGUGUAAAUAAAGACAAGAAAAGCAACAUGAAACAGUCCUGAAUCAAACCGGGAACAUUGUGUUCUCACUUCAUGGUAUGCACCCAGACUACAAGGCAAAGAGAUGCUAAUAAGAUGUAAAUCCUAGAAACAGGUUAUGGAUUUAUUUUUCAAAUGUGGAAUAAGCUUUAUUAAAUUUCUUUAACAGUGAUUCUCAGCACUCACAACUCAAACUGGAGGAUUAGAACACAUUUCAGUGGACUAUUUGCAGACGUGGAUUAACACAGUUGGUAAAUUAAAGAGAAUUCAUGACACCAUUAAAACAGAAAAUAAAUUAAGGAGAAACAUACCACCCUUCACCUUGUUUCACUCUUAACUCAUCUGAAAUGUAAGCUUGGUAAAGGCCCAAUGUGUGAGGGUAAGAUGCUUUGUACAUGUUGGUAUCGUUUCUGGUCACUAACCUUGAGCUAGUUGUUUUGUCGUGGCAGGACGUGAUACAUGUUACUUGACAUGUGAGACAUGGACGUGAAAAGCACCAAUGUCUGCUUGUGGUAGCCAUUGGAGACGAUCAAACAAACGCAGUACUUUCAUCUAAAAGACUGAAUUCCAUAUAGGCGUGAAACCAACACUCAUUGUUGAAGUCUUUGGAAAAUGUUCUUCUUUUUGAAAGAGUAAGCACACUCAACGCUGGUUUAUACUUUUGCAUUGACCCUAUGCAGGAGUGGUUGACACAGACGUAAGCAUACAUACUUGUGCGUCGAUGUGUCCGUGUCGUGCAGCAAUUCUCCACCGAAACGCUUGAGGGCUCUCUGACAGUCAUGUUGCAUGUUUCCAGCCCCACUUCAUUCUCUGUUUACUUUUUCACAGCGAUUCCGAGCAUUUUAUGUUCAUUUAGAGCUGAUACAUGUUGCUGUUUAUCAGCUGUUUAGACAUGCCUAGCUCCAUUGCAUUAGCAGUACUGCAUUAGUGGGAGAGUCUAAACUAAAUUUUCCACUGUACACUUGGUACAACCCUAGUGCCAGUUUCUGAUCGGCUAAAUGAACGAUUGUAAAGAGAGGAAAUGUUUGACUAAAAUGUAAUGACUAUAUCUGGACUAAUAUUGUAGAGGGCAGGAGGUUAAAGGCCCACCUGGCCGCAAGAAUUGAAGCCAAUGCGGAAGUGUUAAAAACUGCAGUUCUUUGAGAGUGCGCUUGAGGCUGGCUCCGGAAAUACCAGAAACCACAUUCACACAAAUUUAGUCAGAACAGCUCAUGCCUUGAUCAGCACACACUGUACAGGGGGUGGAUUUUUUCAUAACGCAGGAAUUUCGAAGAUAUUAAGAUUAUGAGUUUUCCAUUAUGAGAGGCACAGCUGACUUGAUUGACAGGCGGGAACUCUGAAGCUGUUGGCUAGGAGGCUCAAAGCCCGCCUCUUUACCUCACACUAGCUUGAUAGCAGUUCGGUUGAGUUCAGCAUUUUCAAUAUGGCUCCCGCCGACAAUUGUCUUCAGAAACAGAUGGGUGACGUCACUGAUACCACAUGCAUUAUUUAUACAGACAAUGAUUGACAUGCAAAAUUAGUAGGCACAGGGUUAGAGCUUGGUAUCACAAGUGUUCUUGUUUCACUUGGUCUAAUAGGGGGUAUUGUCUGCAAGUGCAUAAGAAUGCAGCUAACAGUCAAACUCCAGUCUCGCUUCUUAACCUUCUUUAACUGUCUUGUUUCAUUUAAUUAAAUCGAACCCCCUUGAGAAUGAAACCAGCUUAGAACAAGUUCAGAUGGAGAAAAAAUUGAGAUUGCUGGUUACACAGUCAAUGCCUGUCAAUGGGAUCAAUUCAUUGCUGGUUUUGGUCUUUCAUGGAAUUUGUUGCCAUCACAGAAUAUCACCUGACUCCUGCUUCAGAUUGUGACUUUGUAACUGAAUGUACUAGAGCUAGCUCACUUUUGUACAACUGUGCUUUGUUCUGCCAGUUGACUGAAAAAUGUUUCUAUGUUUCUAUUUAAAUGAUGUUAUUAUAUAUUUUGCACUGUACAGGAACAACUUUUGUCUAGAUAAACAGGGAGCAAUGUGAUGUAGCAUACGACAGCUUUCAAAGUGCUUUAAAGACACUGUUUUGUGUUUGUGCCAGAUCUGAAUAUGUGAUUUUUUCCAGCUGUACCAGAAUAGCUGCUAUAUUAUUAAAAAUCUGUUUUUGGAUGUAAUUUACACACAUUUAUCAUUCCUCCUGUGAGCCACUCGCUGUUUUUUUGGCAGUGUGAUUAGCUUUUAGUGGAAUCUGUGCAAUAAAAGCUGUCAAUUAUAAAGCUAUUUAAAAUGUUCAUGUUUUUAAAGCAAUGUCAUUGAAGCUAGGUAAUAGCUUUUGGUUUCAUCUGUCAGAAUGUAAAUUGAAUUCAAGCAGCCCAGUUAAAGUCUUACAUGCUAAAUGGUAAAUUGUAAAUUGAUUCAAAUUAUAAACUGAGUUAUGGAAAUAUGUGAAGCAGUAUUCAAUAUUCAGUUGAUGGAUACAGGGAUAAAUGAAAGAGAAUAAAACUCUUUUGGUUGCUCACCCCUCCA